AUGCCUGCUAUCAAACCGGGAUCUCUCGUUCUGGUCACAGGCGCGAGUGGUUACAUCGCCGCGCAUACUGUAGACACACUCUUGAAGAGGGGAUUCAACGUCAGAGGGACUGUUCGGAGUCAUUCCAAAGGAGGAUACCUCACCAACCUUUUCAAGAAUGCAAAAGCCAACUUUGAGUAUGCCAUCGUCGGCGACAUCGCCGAGAAAGGGGCGUUUAAUGAAGUCGUUAGAGGAGUAGAUGCCGUGGCUCAUAUGGCUAGUCCUUGUCACUAUAACGCUGUUGAUCCUGCCGAAAUGCUUGGACCCGCCAAGAGUGGUACUUUGGGUGUUCUAGAGAGUCUCAAGAGAUACAACCCUGAGUGCAAACGUGUCGUCGUCACAAGCUCAGUCGGCGCUAUCAUCAACACGGAUAUCCUCCAGCAGAAACCUUACAAAUUCACGGAGGCCGACUGGAACCCCGUGAGUUUGAGAGUAUGCGAAGAGAAGGGCCGAGAUGCCGAUGGUGCCAACAUGUAUCGAGGCAGCAAGACUCUUGCAGAGCAGUCUUUCUGGAAAUGGAUCGAGGAUGAAAAACCAUCGUUCGACGGUGUUGCCAUUAACCCUUCAAGAGUACUCGGACCUAUCAUUCAAGAAUGUGCCACUCCCGAGUCUUUGAAUGCAUCCGUCGGGUACUUUUACGACUGGAUGAUUGGCAAAAAGACACAGGACGACCUUCCUGAUCCUGGUGGAAACUAUGUAGACGUCCGUGACUGUGCUAUGGGACAUGUGAGAGCCUUAGAGGUUGAAGAAGCUGCGGGCCAACGGUUCAUCACUGGUAACAACUCGUAUAGCGGGAACGACUUUGCCCUCUCUAUUGCCAAAGCAUACCCCGACCUCCCCAAUGUGCCCAAAGGCAAUCCAGACCCAGCAUACAACCAAAAACUGCGAGACGACUACAAUUUCUUUGACGGGUCGAAAGCUACUAGGGUGUUGGGUUUGCAGUAUAGGUCGAGGGAUGAGACGCUUGAGAAAAUGGCGAGGAGUUUGAGGGAGAGGUUUGAUGACUUGUAG